AUGCCUCCAAAAAAGGCCGCAAAGGCCGCACCGAAAAAAGCUGCUUCACCAGCUGGCGUCACAAAAAAACCGCGUGCCUCCAAAGCAGCAACAUCAGCGAAGCGUGCAAGUAUUACAAGUGCAGCAUCUGCAACGAGUGCAAGCUCAGCAGAUCCUGUCACAGCUCCGAAAGCCGCUCCAAAGAAGGCCGCGCCCAAGAAAGUUCCAGUUGCUGCCAAAGGCGGGAAAGCUUCUGCUGCUGCACUACCACCCAAUCCUCCCAAGAAGCGGAAAGCCUCUGAAGAAUCCGAGGACGAACCAAAAUCAAAGAAAGCGAAAUCGGUUGUUGCUGAACCUGCCCCUGCUCCUCGAAAGGCCUCUGUUGCUAAGAGUACAACUGCAAAGAAAGCAGCCGCGAAACCAGCUCCAAAAAAGGUCGCCGCAUCCAAGCCCAAGGUCGAAGUCAAGGCAAAACCUGCACCGAAACCCAAAGCUGCCCCGAAGGCAAAGGCCGAACCUAAAGCAAAGCCUGCACCAAAGACUCCUGUCUCAGCUGCACCAAGAAGAGCCAAGGCACAGAAGGCUGCGCCAAUCCUAAAUGCCAGACCUACACAAUUACUUGACGUUUAUUGCUUUGGAGAGAAUGGAAAUGGUGAGCUUGGCCUAGGAGCUAAGAAUGCCAGAGGUCGGAUGGUCAUCGACGUUGGUCGUCCACGUCUGAACCCAUUCCUGGCCGCAAAAGAAGUUGGCAUUGUCGCAAUCGCAGUUGGUGGGAUGCAUUGUGCAGCACUCACUCAUGACAACAAAAUCUUGACAUGGGGUGUGAAUGAUCAAGGCGCUCUUGGUCGGCCAUCUGAUGCAGAUCCUGAAGAAGUGAAAAUGAAAGAUGCCGACGCAAGUGAUUCCGAUUCUGAUGACGAUUUCGAUGAAGACUCAGGAUUGAAUCCAGCUGAAGCAGAGCCCCGUCCUGUUGAUCCUAGCCACUUCCCGGAAGGUACUGAGUUUGCUGGUCUAUAUGCUGGUGAUAGUAACACAUUCGCGCUGACUACUACUGGCCUUGUAUAUGGCUGGGGUACAUUUAGAGGUAAUGAUGGCAUUCUUGGCUUCACCAACGAUAUCAAAGUGGCAACUACACCAAUUUUGAUCCCAGAUCUAAAGAACAUCGUUGACAUUGUCACGGGUACCAAUCAUGUUAUCGCAUUAGAUAAUAAAGGAAAGUGUUUCAUCUGGGGAGCUGGAGAACAAAAUCAACUCGGCCGUCGUGUAGUGUCACGUACAGCUACUGGGGCCUUAGUUCCUCGCGAAUUUGGUCUCCAGCGCAAGAAAAUCGCUCACAUUGGUGCGGGAGAUUAUCAUAGUUUUGCGGUCACAGAGAAAGGAGACGUCUAUGCAUGGGGACUUAACUCUUUCGGACAAUGCGGAAUACCAAAGGUUGACGAGGAUGAUGACACCGUUGCAGCCCCAACAGUAGUCAAAUCAUUAAAGAGUCACUCGAUCAAACAGAUAUCUGGUGGCGCACAUCACACUAUUGCACUGACAGAAGCCGGACAAGUCCUAGCCUGGGGUCGAUCUGAGAACAAGCAAUGCGGUGUCGAUGUCAGCAAACUCCCUCAGAUUGACGUCUUUUACGACAAAGAUGACAAGCCACGAUAUCUCUUCAAGCCAACCGUCGUUCCAGAUAUCAAAGGAGCCACAAUAGCCACCGCAACAGACACAGCAAUCGCGAUCGACGUCGACGGAAAAGCCUACUCAUGGGGAUUCAACGGCAACUUGCAAACCGGUCAAGGAUCUGCUGAUGAUAUUCCAUUGGCAACUCUUGUCGACAAUACUGCUGUGCGUGGCAAGAAACUCACAUGGGCGGGUGUAGGUGGACAAUUUGGUGUUUUAGCGGGUCCUCACGUUGAGGCUGCAUGA